UCAGGGCCCUACAUUUUCAAUUUCAAUUGAAAUUUUCAGGCGAAGUUUGUAAACAAUGUUUUCAAUCGUCAAUGGAAACAAGGCGCCGUCGUCGUCGCUCAGCCCGACUGUCAUCGUCACCGAUGAACCGACGCUGCUGCGUCGUCGCAGAUGCCACUUUGUUUCGCACUCACAAGCUCACGCACGCUCGUUCGACUUCGAAUGAAUUUCUCUGUUAUAACUCAAUUAAUGAGUGUAACAACCGUCAAAUCUGUGUAAUGUUAAUGUAUGCUAUGCAUAUUUUACUGAAAUAGUUUAUUACCUAUAAAAAUAUUAAGCAAACAUACAUUUUAGACAAUUUGAAAAUUUCAAUUGAAUCCCAGUCGGUGUGAAAAUGAGCCGCCACCCGUCGUUGCGUCGAAGAAAGUGACAAGAAGGGCGGAUGAAGCGAAGCGCAUGCAUGUUGUUUUGAAUGUUCCCGUCGUCGGCGUCCGUCCGAUGCUGAUGGGCGCUCGCUUUCAGCAUCAUGUUUUGGUUUCGACGAUGUAGGCCCCUGAAUUAGAACACGCAUUUCAUAUGUGCUGCUGUAAUUUCUACCCAAACGUUUCUACCCCAUGUUCUUACCUAAUAUUAGGUAAGGCUAUUUAUUAGAUUCGAACUACCUAAUCGAAAAAAAAAACAAAUCAAGAGUUGUACCUAAAGCAAAUAUGAACAAAACAAGAAAAUGAAUCGGUAUCAUUCAACGUGUUACUUCUCUUUGGUUAUUAAAGGCAGUUCUGAAAAGUAAUGGAUCAAUCGUAUAAAUCAAAAUUCAACAAAUUCAAGUGCAGUGCAAAAAUAAACAAUCCAAAGUGCAACCGUCAUAAUCUACGGGGCAUGUCAUUAAGAUUGAUAGAUAAAAUUCAUUCCAUGGGAUAUACACAUGAAAUCGACGAAUCGAUGAGCAUUUGUGAGUCAUGUCGUGGAUUGAUAAGUCACAACAGAAGCCCGAAUACGAAAAAACGCCGAUCGGAUGGAAACGACGAAACUAUGCAACCAUCAUUUAGUGGGCAGCAACAUCAUGAUGUUCCAGAACCAGAACCGUCAACGAGUGGUCAACAAAUCGAACAUGAGCUGGAUAUGGUACCAUCUAUUCCAUCAUUGGAGUCAAUUCCGUCAACAGAUCAACUACAGGGUCCCCAUAAUAUUGAGAAGUUUAAUACCAUUGCUGUAACAUUGAGUUUAUCGCCAAUCUCAUCUAGAAACAUGAGAAGUAUGGAAUAUCGCAUAAACAAAUCAUUGCAGAUUACGAAAGCAGUUCGAAAAAAUAUCUUCGGAAUAGAUUCAACGGAUGUUGGCAAAGUGGAGGCGUAUGACGAGAUAAUUAUGCAGUUAAAGGAUAAGUUCAAUCACCCUACAACUGACAGAAGCGAACAGAUUAAAAUACUAUCUGUACUUCCUAAGUCUUGGUCGGUGAAUAAAAUCACAAGAGAGUUUAACGCACCAAUGUAUAUGGCGAGGCAGGUGAAGGAUCUUGUUUAUGAACAGGGUAUUCUUUGUACCACCGAAAAAAGAAGGGGGCAUGGUAUUGAUGACGAUACAAAACAAAUAGUAAGAGAAUUUUUUGAUGAUAAUGAUAUCAGCAGGCCAAUGCCAGGAACAAAUGAUUUUGUUUCUGAGGUUCGAAAUGGAAAAAAACAACAAGUUCAAAAACGACUUUUGAUGAUGUCGCUCAAAGAGGCUUAUAUGAUUUUUGUAGAUAUGUACAAAACUGUGAAUAUUGGUUUCACAGUAUUUACACAGUUGCGACCAAAGCAUUGUAUUUUACUUGAUUCUACUGGUAUACAUAAUGUAUGCAUAUGCACUAUUCAUGAAAAUGUAAAUUUAAUGUUCAACAGUAUAAGAAUUGUGUCACAAGAUGAAAUAAUACAAAAAAUGCUUUGCGAUAUUUCCACCAGAACAGAUAAUUGCUUUUUCCGUGCUUGUGAAAAGUGUGCUUGUAAUGAACACAUUGAAGAGGAACUUACAUUGAUGACAAAGAAGAGAUUAUAUUUCAGCAGUGGUUGAAUACUGAUCGCUGUAAUUUAGAAACGAUUAUUAAACCUGUUGAUGAAUUUGUUCCGUAUCUUGUUGAUAAAAUUGACAAACUUAUAACACACGACUUUAUUCAUAAACAACAAUCAUCAUUUCUCAGAAAUAAAAAAGAUACAUUAAAGGAUGAUGAAAUUCUUGCGAUUUGUGAUUUCUCUGAAAACUAUUCAUUCAUAAUUCAAAACGCUGCUCAAGGAUAUCAUUGGAACAACUCGCAAGCAACAAUACACCCAUUUGAAAUUUACUAUAUGAAAGAUAAUAAACUUGUAAAUGUUAGCUUCAUUAUCAUAUCGGAAGUAAUGGCUCACGAUACAGUUGCGGUCCAGUUGUUCAUCUCAAAAAUGAUAGAUUUUAUGAAACAAUUAACGAACUUUUCUAAAAUUUAUUUUAUGUCUGAUGGGGCAGCAUCACAAUACAAAAAUAAGAAGAACUUUGCUAGUCUAUGUAGAUUCCAGUCAAAGCAUGCAUUAAGAGCAGAAUGGCAUUUUUUUUUGCAACGUCCCACGGUAAAGGUCCAUGUGAUGCUAUUGGUGGCACUCUCAAGCGAAUGGCAAAGAGAGCAAGUCUUGCUCGAGAUUAUGGAAAUACCAUAACAACUCCACGAGAGUUAUAUAACUGGGCAGUUGUACAGACAGAUAAAAAUAUAACUAAAUUAAAUUUCUGUUACGUAUCCACUGAACAUUACAUUAAAAUGUCAGAAGAUCUCGAAGAAAUAUAUAAUAACGCCAAAACAAUACCAGGCACUCAGAAAUUCCAUAGUUUUUUGCCUAUUCCUGGCGACAAAGUAAAGGCAAACAGGUAUUCUAAUUCAGAAGAUGAACCAAAAAUAUUUAGUAUGAUCGGAAGAAAAUAGAAAAGAACAUGUUUGGAAUUGGCUCUAAGACACAUAUAUAUAUAUUUGAAAAAUUCAUAAUUAUAAAUAAUUGUAUAUUUAAAAGUGCACUUCAAUAUAUAUUGCGAUCAAACAUUACAUUUCCUAAGAAAAUACAUUUGUAAUAUUUUGAAGUUUUUUAUGUAUAGGAAAACCCUUCCAAAUGAUUGAAUAAAUAACACAAAAUCUCCUAGAAAAUUGAGUUUCAUUGGAUUCUGGGAUUGUUAUGGCCUUCACUGGUUUUAUUGUUGAUAACAAAAUACACUGAAAAAAAAAAUCAUUCGAACAAGAAAAAGUUUUUGUUAGAAAAACUUUUUUUCCUUAAAAGUGCCCAUCUUGUGAUGUAUGGACGGUUGGUAGGGAACAUAAUUACCUGUCUUGAGACAAAAUUUCAUCAAAAUCAAAAAUGGUGUUUUUUUAAAUUAACUUUGAAUUUUUAGAAAUGUUUUUUUUCAGUGUAGGGCUCAUUUUGGAUUUUUUUCAGUAUUUUUUUCUUAAAAUUUGACUUAUUUUGUGAUAAUCACCCAUACAACCCUUUUUUGUAUGAGUAGUCAUUUUUUGAUUAAAAACAUUUAUAAAAAAUCCAUAAAAAAAUUUAGCCCUUUUCAAAAGUCAGUCGAGAAAAAAAAAAUAGAAAAAUGAGUAUGCAAAGUGGCUUAUCUGGGCAAGGUCUACACACCAAGAAAGUUUCGUUGUAAUCUGAGAGGGUGCUGCCAACAUUUGUUCGAGUUGGCGCGAAAUC